AUGACCGAAAAAGACAAUUCCACCUACCGACCACGAUCCCCUGAUUUUUCCACCUUCCAGUCCCCCAUCUCCCCUUCCGUCAACCACCCCGUCUACCCGUUUGGGAAUCCGCUCGCCCAUCGCGCUUCUUACGACGCCUCACCUUUCUUCACCCCGCAGUAUCAACAACAAUUUCCGUCCGCUCCCCCGGGCCCGCUAAACAGGGUUCCCCAGCAACAGUUCAAUAUCUAUCCCUUUGCGGACGCGACACAUCUACAUCCUGACAUGGCUCGUCGUUCGACGCGUAUCGCUCAGGCCGCUGAGGCCGCUGAGGCCGCGCCACCAGCUCCAAGCAGAUACAUCGACCCUGUUGUCUCAAAAGAAGAGGAGCCUGCGCGGCUUCCAUCUCCGUCUCCUCCCCCUCCUCCUCCGGCGGCCGUUGCUGCUGCUCCGGCUCCCAUCGCUGUCCCGGUCGAGGUGAAGACCAAAUUCCCCGUCGCGCGCAUAAAGCGUAUCAUGCAGGCGGAUGAGGAUGUCGGCAAGGUUGCGCAGGUCACGCCAAUUGCUGUCUCCAAAGCACUCGAACUAUUCAUGAUUUCCCUCGUCACCAAAGCCGCUAAGGAAGCCAAGGAUCGCAAUUCCAAGCGCGUCACCGCUUCGCAUCUGAAACAAGCGGUAGCCAAGGAUGAAGUACUUGACUUUCUCGCAGAUAUCAUCGCCAAGGUGCCUGACCAACCUGCGAGCCGGAAACACGACGACGACGGCAGUGAUCAGAACGAGCAGCCGAAACGCAAGCGAGGGGGUCGUCGACCGAAGGACGAUAGUGAUUGA